AGACCGCUGUUGACUACGUGCCCCAGACAGCGAAGCACAGAUAAUAGUCUCGAGUUAAUGAAGGAAAAUUCGAUUUCUAAUUUCUAAUAGCCUUCUCCCCAUCGUCAUCAUCAUCAUCAUUACCUACCAUUACUGCUACCUACCCCUUAACUACCGCGUACCCCAUGGCUUCUUCCAGCCCGUCACCGUCACCGUCGACGUACCUCGUCGUAGGAGCAGGUUGCUUCGGAGCGUCGACGGCGCGGGCGCUGAAGCGUACGCACCCGGACGCCGAGGUGGUGCUCGCGGACCCGGCGCCGCCGCCGGACGAGCGCGCGGCGGCCCACGACUUCAACAAGAUCGUGCGCGCCGAGUACGACGACCCGCUGUACAUGGGGCUGGCGCUGGAGGCGCUGGCGGCGUGGUCCCCGGACGCGGGUUCGCAGCCCGACUCCGCCGACGUCGUUGCGCCGUUCUUCCGCCGCACCGGCGCGCUGUGGUCCAUCACGCGCGAGCGCACGCGCGCCCUCGUCGCCAACUACGAGGCGUUCCUCGGCGCCGGCAACGCGCCCCUCGAGGCGCUGAGCCUCGACGACGCGCGCCGCCGGUUCCCCGCGCUCGAGGCGUGCCAGUUCCCCGGCGGCGGGGCGGAGCCGUGGGGCGGCAGCCCCGAGCAGUGCGUGCUGAGCCCGCGCGCGGGCUGGGCGGACGCGCAGGGCGCGCUGGGCGCCGUGAUACAGGAGGCGGAGCGCGCGGGCGUCCGGUACGAGGUAGCCACCGUGGCGAAGCUGACCUUCGCCUUCGGCAGCGGCAGCGGCGGCGACGUCGACGCUGGCGACGGGAAGGCCGCGCGGUGCACGGGGGCGGUGACGACGGACGGCCGCAGGCUCGCGGCCAAGAACGUGGUGCUGUGCGCCGGCGCAUACGUGCCGUGGCUGCUGGCGGACAGCGCGCCCGACCGGCCGGCUCUGCACGCCGGGGACCGGAUGCGCGCCGCCGCCGUGCUGAUGGCGCUCUUCCGGGUGCCGCCGGGGCCGGAGGGGCUGGCCAAGUUCGAGGGCGCGCCCGUCAUAGUGCACCCGUUCGGGGAGUAUCCCUCCGAGUCCAUACCGCCGGGCAGCCCGCACGGCCCGGAGCUGGCCAAGUGCACGCACGAGUUCCCGUACACGCACAACCGCUACCACGAGGGCGCGCGCCAGGAGAUCUCGGUGCCGCCGCUGACGACGAACCCGGCCCUCAUGAUGUGGACGCGCGACCUGCUGCCCGACGCGCUGAGGGCGAAUUCGGCCGCCGUGAGGGACUUGCUCUUCGGAGACGCGGUGCAGGGCAUGACGCCCGAGGCGUAUCGUCUCUGCUGGGACCUGUCGACGCCGGACGAGGAGUGGAUCAUCUCGCCGCACCCGGCGGCGGGCAGCCUGUACGUCGCCACGGGCGGCUCGUUCCACGCGUUCAAGUUCCUGCCCAUCAUCGGCAAGUACGUGGUGCAGAUGAUAGAGGGGACGCUGCCCGAGGAGUACGCGCGGCGGUGGGCCUGGGACAGGAAGAUAACCCCCAUCCGGACGCCGUAUAUGCCCCGAGGAGACCUAAGCGACGUGCCCGGGUACCCCGAGUAGACGGCGAGAUUUGAUAACGAGUUUCGGAUGAGGAAAGGGGGGGGAAGCUAUUUAGGGGGUAUUCGUUUCUCACUUAUGUGGUAUAAUAAUGUCUAAUGCGUGUUGAGUACGACGGAUUUAAUGGGUUUCACAUACCUACGAUUUCAGGAGAUUUAUUGUUAUUUUCAAGGCUUUGUACUGUAGAAGUAAGAAUGUAUCGUUUACUUUAAUACACAACUCACUGGCUCGUCAGCCCUUUUUCAA